AUGGUGAACUUUUAUCGCCGGUUUCUCCCGAACUGUGCCGAUACUAUCCUACCUCUGACCAGUCUCCUCUCAGGUCCCAAGCGCACCUUUGAACUUACACCAGCAGCACUCACGUCACUUGAGCAGGUAAAAGCCCUUCUGGCUGAUGCCACCCUCCUGACUCACUUUCAUGCUGAUUCACCCAUAUCUCUGAUGGUCGAUGCCUCCAAUGUUGCUGUUGGCGCGGCUCUUCAACAAAGUCUGCCGGAUUCUACCGUGCCUUUGGCUUUCUUCUCCAAGAAACUAUCCAAGGCCGAAACCCGCUACAGCACAUUCGGACGUGAAGUUAUCACCGCUUAUCUUGCCGUAAGGCACUUCCGGCAUUUACUCGAAGGUCGAGAGUUCACAAUUUUCACUGAUCAUAAGCCACUCACGUUUGCGAUGCAUUCCCACUCUGACAAGCUAAGCCCCCGGGAGAUCCGUCACCUGGACUACAUUUCGCAGUUCACUUCAGACAUCCGCCAUAUUGACGGGUCAAGGAAUGAGGUGGCUGACGCACUGUCCAGGCCCUCUUUUGCUCAUCUUCAGCUUUCACCCGGGAUAGACCCCGCUGAGAUGGCCGCUGAACAACGCCGUGUCGGUCCACCCUGUGAUGAGGAUGUUUCCGGACUCCAACUUCAGGAACUACCACUGACAACUGGCAACGGCACCAUCUUAUGCGACGUAUCCACCCCUUCCCAUCGUCCAUUUGUGCCUCCAUCUCUCCGCCGCAAAGUUUUCUCCUCCCUGCACUAUCUAUCUCACCCUGGGAAUCGAGCAACCGACAAGCUGGUUUCCGACCGCUUCGUCUGGCCUGGCAUGCACAAGGAUCUCAAGGCAUGGACACGGACUUGCAUCGCCUGUCAACGGAGCAAGAUCCAGCGGCAUAACAAGGCUCCCAUUGGUACCUUCGCCCGCCCUGGUGCAAGGUUCAGCCACGUUCACCUGGACAUUGUAGGCCCCCUGCCUCUGUCCAAUGGUUGUUCCUAUCUCCUCACCUGCGUGGAUCGGUUCACUCGGUGGCCUGAAGCAAUUCCCCUGCCUGACAUUGCUGCUCCAACGGUGGUCAAGGCUUUUCUCAGUCGUUGGGUUGCUAUCUUUGGUGCACCCUCCACAAUCACGACUGACCGUGGUGCCCAAUUUGAGUCUUACCUCUUCCAGUCUUUACUCUACUUUUUAGGCUGUACCCGCAUUCGGACGACAGCCUAUCACCCGGCUGCUAACGGGAGGGUCAAGCGGUUUCAUCGCCACCUGAAGGCCUCCCUACGCGCCGCGGCCGAUCCGGAGAACUGGACGGACCACCUUCCCCUGGUCCUCUUGGGCAUCCGCUCCGCUCUGAAGCCGGACCUUGAUUGUUCCGCAGCUGAACUGGUGUUCGGCUCCAACGUCCGACUCCCCGGUGAGAUGAUCUUGCCAAGCCCUCAAGGUGCAGUUGAGGAUCCCACCAACCUCCUGCAUCGCCUCCGGCAGUUUAUGCGGACACUUUCUCCGGUUCCUCCCAGGUCCUCCGCCUCUCCGUCUUAUCUCGAGAAGGACUUGACAACGUGCUCUCACGUCUACCUUCGAUGUGAUCGAGUCCGCCGGCCUCUGGAACCGCCCUAUGACGGCCCAUUUCGGGUGCUCUCUAGCGGGCCGAAGACUUUCCGCAUUCAGCGCGACAAUCGUGAAGACGUCGUGAGUGUGGACCGCCUCAAGGCUGCCGUCCCUGACACUCCUCCGGAUGAGCCCUGUGGUCCUCAACCUUCUGCUUCUCCCCACGGAGCCUCUAUUCCACCCUCCCGUAUUUUCCCUCUGCCCUCCUGUCCGCCAUCUCCGACUGCCACCACCAACUCCAACACUUCCGCCACCAGAUUUAUUCACUCUUAUACGGACCCUGUAUAUAUCACUCGUAGUGGUCGUCAUGUACACUUUCCUGAUCGAUUGGUCACGCAUUUCUUUUAG